CACACCAUACAUGCUUGCAAACAAAGCUUGUGCUGUGUAAGAAGAGCAGCGCAGAGAUCCAGCUCACGGAGUCAGGACUACUAGCCAAGAUCACUACUCCCAAGCAGUUCCAAGACCCCCAAGUGCUUCCAAAUUCCAGGCUCCCCUUGCGGCGCUGCGGCGUGCAUCUCUGAGGGAGCAAGCGAGCCUGCCACUUCACAUCUUCCUCCAGGCGGCAAGGAUGUCGGUGGCGGUGUGCCGUGGCCCGGCUGUGCCGACGUUCGAGGCGCCCAGAUGGCUGCGCCCUGUUGAGCCGUACAAGCAGCCGGAGGUCGUCGUCGACGACCGGCCCAAGCAGGCGGACAUAUGGAACGCCAUCCAGGCCGACGUCCACAAGGCGGCCGCCGGCGCCAAGAAGGCGCCCAAGCCGUACGUGCACCCGCUCGUGCGCCGAUCGUCGAGCCUGAUGAGCCAGAAGAGCCUCGAGGUCUGCACCGAGAGCCUCGGCAACGAGACCGGCUCCGGCGACUUCACGUCGUCCCUGGACAUGGCCUGCCUAUUCGACUCGGCGCUGCCGGUAGCGGCUGCCCCGGCGGAGGAGUCCUUCUGGCAGCACGACGCGGCCCGCGACUGCGAGGAGGAGCAGUGGGAUGGGAAGGACCUCGCGGUGGUGAACUACCACUGCUCGGCCGGGACGCGGCCGCCGCGCCGCGCGUUCCCGCCGCCGCUGCCAUCCAUGUCGCGCCGCGACGGCCCGUGCCUGCAGAUGCGCCCGCGCCGCCAGGACGGGCGCCUAGUGGUCGAGGCCGUGGUGGUGAGGCCGCGUGGGUACCUCCACGCGAGGCGCCAGGGCGGCCGCCUCCGCCUCUCCUUCGUCGAGUGCUGCGCUCGCGACCAGAGCGAGGCGAGCAAGAUCACCGCGGGGGCGGCAGAGGGGCCGUACUUCCCGACCGUGGAGCCCAGGAGCGUGCAAGAGGCAGAGUCGGAGGUGGAGAUGGAAGAGGACGACGAGGUUGACGAGGAGGAGGUGGAGGUGGUGGACAGGGGCACCGUCGUGGAGGUCAAGGUGAGCUCGCAGCCGCAGACGGCCGCCGCCGCCAAGGUGCACCGCUCGACGCUCGUGAUCAACAAGUUCGUCGGCAGCACGCCGCUGUCCGCGGACCAACCCCGUUGCCACGCCGACAAGACAGCAGAGCCCGAGGCGGAAGCCAGCGACGACGAGGCGGAGGCGCAGUCACCACACUCUACACUGCGCCGGGUGCCGUCGUCCACGACGACGCUGGCGGCCGCGGUCGCCGCGGCCUCGACGGGGACCGACAUCCCGCCGGCUUCUGAGGACGACGACGAGUGCGGCGGCGUGCACCUCUCCGCCUCCGCAGCCGCCGCCGAGCCCAAGCAGCUCCUGCUGUUCACGUCGCGGCGGGGGGACAAGCAGGACCUGCUGCAGAGCGUGCGGCGGUGCCGGCAGCUGCGGCAGAAGCCGCUCUUCAUCCUGGAGCCCUACUGCAUUGCCAGCUCCUGAACAACAAAGCCGUCGAUCAUCCACAGCCACGCGACACACCGCUGCGAUCGCGACAGUCCGGUCGGUCGCGUCGCCAUUGCCAGCCCUAAUUAAAUUAAUCACUAGCAAAUCAAGCACCGUCCUGAUUGGCCCCCAUUAUAAUAACCUCGUCAAUACGUCGCCGUCACAGUGGCUACUGCAUGCUGGGCAUUAUCAUUAUUUUUUUGCGACGCAUCCUUCCCAUGUGUUGCUUGGUGUUCUUCCUUUUUGGACUGCUCGUGCAUCGACCAGUCGCCAUUUGGUCCCUUGCAGUAGUGGCCUCUCGUGCGUGCUGUAAUUGUUGCUGCUCUAGUAGCUUGCUGUCUCCUUGUAUCGUUUGCGGUGUGAUUCGAGUAAGUAAUUUGCCAAUGGAUUAACUGAUUUGUUGUAA